AUGGUGGAUGUCGCUGCGUUCAACAAGAGAAGCUCAGAGUUCCAGUUUGAUGACUGGAUGCGCGGUCGCCUGGGCCAUCCCCUCAUCAACCCGCUGGAAGAGGCCCAUUUCUCGUGUGAGGAGCACAUGAUAGCUGUUAUCAUGGCGGUUGAGCCGCAUCAGCUUUCUUUGAUAGUUGAGCCUCUUCUGGAGGGUUUCCUCAGGCCCAUCGUCGAUGUCGUUAAAGAGGUCUACUUCACGCCCAAAAACGCCGCGAUCGGCAUGUCGAUUUCUCUGGAUCGAAUGAAACCACCCCGCUUUUCCAUGUGUAGUCCUCAUGCCGUCUGGAUCGUUUCCUGGAACGGCGGAGGUGCCUUUCGCUGCCGACAGGUUCAACUCGUCGUCCCACCGGUUCAGAUGGGUCGAAAUUUGGAAAAAGGGAACGAUAUGAGCACGAAGUUUUCUGCGGCUUGCGCUGUAAUGAUUCUACAAAAGAGGAUGAUGGCACCACUGGUGAACACUGCGACAGAUUGGUUAAAGGAGGACAACCUUUCAGUCAAAGAACUUCACGAGCUCCCGACGGAACAGUACAUAAAAAUAGCCGCGGAUAUGUUGGUUGAGGUUCAGAAGACCUCUGACACUUGGAUGGAAGAUCCGUUGAAGCUUGGAAUGCACCGCUUCUACACGGACAUCAACCGGGUGGCCCGAGUAACACUCACGGAAGAAGGAAAGGAUGAGCUGCCAUUGUUUGAUGGCAGGUCCUUGUAUGCCUGGCUGGAGUCCUACUUUGCGAAGGCAGAGAAUAAGGGCGUUGACUUGUCUGAUGCCGCGGCAUAG